AUUGACAAAAUAAUUGUAGUGAAAAGGCCUUCAUAAACAAGGCUUCAAAUUUAAUCUCUGAUAAAAACUGAUUAUAAGAGGCAAACCGUGAAAACAGAUCUUUAAUCACCGUAACGCAACAGAGCUAGAAUAACACCACAACGUCCUCACGAUAACAUUUCAAGAAUAUUGUCUGAAAAUGACGAUUUUCGCGUUUGUUUUGUUAAUGGCAGCCGCCAGUCCAACCUUUGCCAUAUUCUAUGAUCUUUCAAACGGCAACCCAGGGCUUCAAUCACCGUGCCCCCCUUCCAACCCUUUAACGGGCGUGUGGACAGAGGAAGAUGCCUCUCUUUACGAAACUUCCUCUAGUGGACCUUUGACAGGGCUAGUUUUAAAGAGCGAGAGCGGAGCUGCAUCGUGUAUCAGGACACCCGGCUUAUUUGAUGUGUACGAAAAUUUCACGUUCCAAAUGAACGUGUACUUACCCGACGCCCUGAAUGUGAGCAGCACACACAGAAAAGUGCAAGUCUGGUUGGUUGACAGCCAGGAUAAUUCUGUGAUUGUCACCGAAAUGACAGGCCCGUCCAAAGCAGACUGGUAUACCGUUGAGCAAGCCUUGCCACCAGGCGACUAUCUUAACCAAUAUUAUAUCGAGAUAUGGGCGCACUUGGAUAUUGAAUUCAUUGCUUUGAGGAAAGCGCCUUCACGCUCACUUGCUUCUUGCCUGCUUCUGCCAACGAUGAAGUCCUUCCCUUUAGCUAUUAUUUGUUUGAUAUCUCUAACAUGUCCUGUCUUUGGAGAAUUUUUUGAUUUUUCAAAUGGCAAACCAGAAGGCCUUAAUUCAAAUUGCCCUCCAUCAGGCCCUUUUCCCGGUACAUGGACAGAAGAGGACGCCUCUCAAUAUGAAACUGCAACCAGUGGCCCGCUAACAGGAAAAGUUCUAGUGAGUGGGAGCAGAGUACAAUCCUGUUUAACAACAGAAAACUUCAUCGUAAUCGAGGGAAAUUACACAUUUCAAAUGAGCGUGUACAUGCCUGCUGCACAAAAUUUGCUGUUUAAAAUAAUUGUAUUUAUUUUGGAUGAAUUUGACACAAGCACUCCAGUAACAAUGAUGAGAGGUUCCGACCAGAAUGAAGACUGGUUUUCAGUAGAUGUGACAGUGCCAGCAUCACUUACGUACCCUAAUAAUUACAAGAUCGAGAUUUGGGUGACUACCGAUAUUGAUUUCGUGGCGAUUAGGUGGUUUGGAAUAUCAGACGAAACUCUUCCUCCGCCAGUAACUCCCAGCACGACCACUGAAUCUACUACAGAAAACUCAACCACAGAAAACACAACCGAGACCUCAGACUCAACUGAUAUAACGACUGAAACUAUUACCGAAAACACUACUGACACCACAGAAGAAACGACUGACGCAACAACUUCAGGGAUAUCCGACACGACAGAGGGGACGACUGAAAUUACAACAACUGAAACCUCUCAAGAAACAACCCGCUAUUCCACAGAACAAACAACAGCGUUUGUGACUACUGAGGUUACUGAGACGUCUGACACGACUGUUAACACUCAAACAACGACCGAAACUACCGAAAAUGAGACCACAGAACGGACAACCACAACCACAACCGCGCCGCCGCCACCCCCAAGCGAUGAGCAAAUGUUCCCAGAGUUGUGGAGCGUGCUCUUUGGAAUAUCAUUUGGGAUGCUGAUCAUGUGUCUCAUUUUCUUAUCAAUGUUUUGCUGCUGGUGGAUUAUUAUGGCCAAUAAAAAGAAAUCGAACCAUUCUAGAGAGGAGCCAUACAUGGCGCCACUGCCCAGGCUUGAAGUUCUCUCGGAUAGAAGCAAUUCUCGACCUAUGAGGAUCGCCGCAUCCGAAUCAGUGUGGGACAACGGACAUAGUCGCAACUGGGCUAGAAGAUGAUUGAAAAAAUUUAACUUCUUUGCAUUCUUUGUUUUUAAGCGCUUGGAAACUUUUAUAAAAAUGGUAUUAAUUAAUUUACCUUGAUUGACCUUAAAUA